GUUUGUAAAAGCUCGUUUUACCAACGAAACCAUCAUGCCGCUCCAGGCGGCAAAGAAGCUGCUACGGCUCGAUGAGGCCGUGGGUUCCUUCGCCGUGCAACAUGACAUCACGAAAGUCCUCGAUGGGCUGUAUGUCGGAGGUAGGGGCAUCGCCGACGACCUGUUGGCGAUGCAGUCGCUCGCCAUCACGCACGUGGUCAACUGCACCCAAGACAUUCCAUGCUAUUAUGACGAUUCGUUGGAGUAUCUCCGCGUGCCGCUAACCGACGACCCCGAUACUGCAAUCGAAGCCCACUUCGAAAUCGUUGUCAAGUUCAUUCAUGAUGCGAGAGAGAUGGGGCAGACUUGCUUGGUCCAUUGCUCCCGUGGCAUGAGUCGCAGUGCCACCUUUGUGCUGGUCUACCUCGUCGAGAGACAUGACAUGAGCGUGCUGGAAGCCUUGCAGUACACACGAGCUUUGCGUCCUGUGAUCUCGCCCAACGUUGGCUUCAUGGGCAAAUUGCUGGAUCUGGAGCAGCGCCUCCAUCAACGGUGUAGCGUCGACCUCCACAAGUACCGAAAGGAUCGCUAUGCCGCGAUCGAAGAUCUGGUCGUGCCAUCCCCUGCCAACGAUGUCGACGAGGCUGCUAUUUAUUUGAACCAUGUGGCCAGACAUUAAAAUUUGAACCACAAUUGUCCUAUCCGGAUAAAGCCAA